AUGAAGUGGGCUAUUUCCGGCACGCUGCUCGCCUGUUUCGCAACAACUGCAACGGCCUGGCCUUACGACGAGUCCCUCGUCGACUACAACUUCAAUCAGAACCAGUCCGCUACGAACCCGGCGGACUAUUGGGGAACAUGGCCCAAUCAUACCGGGGACUACUUCCCCUCCCCGGACAAUUGGCGCUUCCCCGUCUACACCCUCUUUCUCGACCGCUUCGUCAACGGUGACCCCACAAACGACAACAUCAAUGGCACCCUGUUCGAACAUGACCUCCGCUCGAAUCAGAUGCGCCAUGGUGGCGAUGUUGCCGGCCUGCUGGAUACCUUGGAUUACUUGCAGGGCAUGGGAAUCAAGGGUCUCUAUCUUGCCGGAACAAUCCUCAUGAACCAGCCCUGGGGAUCUGACGGUUAUUCGGCUUUGGACACGACAUUGUUGGAUCAACACUAUGGUAACCUGCAGACGUGGCGCAAUGCCAUCACGGAAAUUCACAAGCGCGGGAUGUAUGUCAUCUUCGAUAACACCAUCGCAACGAUGGGUGAUUUGAUCGGAUUUGAUGGCUAUCUGAACACCACCACCCCCUUCUCCGUGAAGGAACACCAAACGGUGUGGAAGACUGACCGCCGCUAUGUGGACUUCGACAUUGGCAAUGACUACAACGAGACGUGCGACUACCCCCGCUUCUGGUUCGAGGAUGGCUACCCCGUUCAAGCGUCAGUCACCGAGGAGCUUGUCGGAUGUUACAACAGUGAUUUCGACCAGUACGGUGAUAUUGAGGCCUUUGGUGUCUUCCCCGAUUGGCAACGUCAGCUGGCAAAAUUCGCCUCCGUUCAGGAUCGACUCCGUGAAUGGGUUCCCUCCGUGCGCGAGCGUUUGAUCCGCCACUCCUGCAUCAUUAUUCAGUCGCUCGAUAUUGACGGUUUCCGGUACGACAAGGCGACUCAGGCAACCGUCGACGCCCUCGGAGAUAUGUCCAAUGCGUACCGCGAGUGCGCCCGCGCCGUAGGAAAAGAGAACUUCUUCAUUGCGGGCGAAAUCACGGGUGGUAAUACCUUUGGUUCCAUCUACUUGGGCCGAGGAAGACAGCCCAACCAGUUCCCUGACUCGGCGGAGGCAGCCAUGAAGCUGACCAACACUUCCGACGCCCAGUAUUUCCUGCGUGAAGUGGGACAUGAGGCGAUUGAUGGUGCAGCCUUCCACUACUCCAUUUACCGAGCGCUGACCCGCUUCCUGGGCAUGGAUGGUAACUUGGCUGCCGGUUACGAUGUGCCAGUCGACUGGGUUGAUGCCUGGAAUCUCAUGCUGCAGUCCAACGAUCUGGUCAAUGCGAAUACAGGCAAGUUCGACCCCCGCCACAUGUACGGGGCUACCAACCAGGAUGUCUUCCGUUGGCCCACGGUGGAAAAGGGCGUGGAGCGUCAGUUGCUUGGAUUGUACAUCACGACUCUUCUGCUCCCCGGAAUUCCGCUCCUUCUCUGGGGCGAGGAACAGGCGUUUUACGUACUGGAUGCCACGGCAUCGAACUACAUCUACGGUCGGCAGGCCAUGUCUCCUGCCACCGCAUGGAGGGAUCAUGGCUGUUUCUCCUUGGAAUCGUCUCAGUACUAUAAUUGGCCCAUUGAGUCCGGCCGUCAGGGCUGCCACGACCCCACGGUGGCCUACGAUCAUCGUGACCCGUCUCAUCCCGUGCGCAAUAUCAUUAAGCAUAUGUAUCAGAUGCGCGAACAGUUCCCCGUCCUCAAUGACGGCUAUACUAUUCAAAAGCUCUCGAACCACACCGAGGACGUGUACUAUCUCGGUUCCAACGGCACAGCCACCGAGACCGGACUCUGGUCGAUUCUUCGUGAUGUGAACGCGGAUGUGCAGGAUUUGGGCUCCGAUGCGAAGAACCAGCCUGUCUGGCUGGUUUACCACAACACGAACCGCACCAUUGAUUACAAGUUUGACUGCUCGGAUAAUGAUACAGCUCUGAUUGCCCCCUUCGAUAGUGGCACCUGGGUCAAAAACCUGUUCCACCCGUAUGACGAGCACCAGCUGAUCGAUUCCCCCACCAAGUUGGGAUUGAACGGAUCAACUGCAUACAGUGGCUGCUUGGCUAAUAUGACCAUGUCCGCCUAUGAAUUCCGGGCCUACGUGCCUAAAACCCGCUUUACUAAACCCAGGCCGAUGAUUACAAAGUUCACUCCGGGACACGAUGUCCCGAUCCGCUCGACCGUGGCCCCGAACGCAGACGAGAACGUGGAGGUCGAAAUUUACUUCUCCGAAGAAAUGGAUUGCGACUCGGUGACAAAGUCCAUUACCCUUUCGUCAUCGACCGAAAUUGGAAAGGCCCCCUCUGUCGAUUCUGGCAGUGUCAACUGCAAGUCAGUCCCCGCCACUAACACCAGCUGGACCGGCCAGAUUCCCGGGGUGUGGAUGUGGGCGGCCAACCUGACAGGUGUGUACAACGGCAUUCAUCGUCUCACAGUCAACAAUGUCAGCACAGAGAGUGGGAACGCAACCACCAACGCCGUCGACCAUUUCCUCUUCCGCAUCGGCCAGAUUGAUAAUCCGAUGAUUUUCAGCAGUGCGAACUAUUCAACUAGUUUGCUCCAUAAGGAAUCCAACGGCACCCUUUUCAUCCAGCACCACGCCGCGGGUGCUGAUAAGUAUCGCUAUUCUACGAAUUGGGGUACCACUUUCUCCGAUUGGAUUGACUACAGGGGCGGAAAUGACACUAUUGAGGAACUCGAAUGGUCGGGAACCAAGAAGCAGUCAUGGAAAGGAAACCACGUUCGCGUGGAGUAUUGGAGUCGUUGGACCGGCAGCAGCGAUUACGUCCAAGAGGGAGACGCGGGCUGGAACGAGAAUGUUCCACGCCGUUUCCCUCACGUCUUCUUCAACGGACCCUACAACCAGUAUGGGUAUGAUGCAGGUCUGGACAACGUGGUCCGCCAGGACAGCGUUGACGGUCUCUGGAAAUAUCAUUUCACCGCGGAAUGGCCUGCUCAAGCUCAAUUGAACAUUUGGGGUAUGAACCCUGAUGGGGAGCCUGACCAGAGUUGGGUCCUGGGAGAUGCCGAUAAUGAUUCGGUUCUCGAUCGCAUGCCGCCCUCUUCGCUGUCCGCGACAUUGAUUAACAUCACUGAACACCCCCCCUCUCCCUACAUUUCGUGGAAUAUCUUCAUUGAUGACGGGACCAUGCGCUUCCAGCUGUUCCCCGUCGGGCAUCAGAAUACUCAGAUCGCCAUGUAUGUGCUCUUUUGGAUCAUCCCCGUCAUCACGGGCGCAGCCGGUGUGUGGGCUUUCAUGAAGUCUUUCUACAAGGUCAAAUUCAACCAGGUUGGUGUGAGCGAAAAACACCAGAUGAUCCCAUUGGCCUUGCGGCGGAAGUUCAAGCGCAAUCGCAAUCGUGGCGGUGAUGAGGAAAACUCAAACCCUCUCAUGCGUCUGGCGAACAAGUCCGGGUUCCUCCAGACUGACACGGCGAUUGGUGGUGCUGCUAGCGGCAAGCGUCGCAUGGUCCUGAUCGCCACCAUGGAGUACGACAUUGAGGAUUGGGCCAUCAAGAUCAAGAUUGGUGGUCUUGGUGUCAUGGCGCAACUCAUGGGUAAGACUCUGGGUCAUCAAGACUUGAUCUGGGUGGUGCCUUGCGUUGGGGGUGUCGAUUACCCCGUGGACAAACCCGCAGAGCCCAUGCAUGUCACCAUUCUUGGCAAUUCGUACGAGGUCCAGGUCCAGUAUCACGUCUUGAAUAACAUCACCUAUGUUCUGCUGGAUGCCCCUGUGUUCCGUCAACAGUCUAAGUCAGAGCCUUACCCGGCUCGCAUGGACGACCUGAACAGCGCCAUUUACUACUCGGCCUGGAAUCAGUGCAUUGCGGAAGCCUGCAAGAGAUUCCCUAUCGACCUGUAUCAUAUCAACGACUACCAUGGUUCCCUGGCUCCACUGUAUCUACUUCCUGACACAGUACCUGCCUGUCUUUCCCUGCAUAACGCCGAGUUCCAAGGUUUGUGGCCCAUGCGGACGCAGAAAGAAAAGGAGGAAGUUUGCUCCGUGUUCAAUCUGGAUAUCGAGACCGUGAGGCAUUACGUGCAGUUUGGAGAGGUGUUCAACUUGCUCCACUCGGGUGCUAGUUAUCUCCGUGUUCACCAACAAGGUUUCGGUGCUGUUGGUGUGUCUAAGAAGUACGGAAAGCGGUCCUACGCGCGUUACCCCAUUUUCUGGGGUCUCCGCAAGGUUGGAAACCUACCUAACCCUGAUCCGUCUGAUGUCGGUGAGUGGAGCAAGGAACAGGCCAGCGCCAUGGGUGACAAUGUGAGCGUGGACCCGACUUAUGAAGCCGGUCGAGGCGACCUCAAGCGUCAAGCUCAGGAGUGGGCCGGUCUUGAACAGAACCCUGACGCCGAUUUGCUUGUCUUCGUUGGUCGUUGGUCGAUGCAGAAGGGUGUUGAUUUGAUCGCCGACGUCAUGCCUGCUGUCCUGGAAGCACGCCCCAAUGUUCAGCUCAUUUGUGUUGGACCAGUUAUCGAUCUCUACGGUAAAUUCGCGGCCCUCAAACUCGAUCACAUGAUGAAGGUCUACCCCGGACGAGUGUUCUCUAGACCUGAGUUCACGGCAUUGCCCCCCUACAUCUUCUCUGGUGCUGAAUUCGCGCUGAUUCCCUCUCGUGACGAGCCCUUCGGUCUGGUCGCCGUCGAGUUCGGACGUAAGGGAGCUCUGGGUAUCGGUGCCCGGGUUGGUGGUCUCGGUCAGAUGCCAGGUUGGUGGUACAAUGUGGAAUCGACAGCUACCUCCCAUUUGCUCGUUCAGUUCAAGCUGGCUAUCGACGCGGCUCUCAGUUCGAAAACGGAAACUCGUGCUAUGAUGCGUGCCCGGUCCGCCAAACAGCGCUUCCCGGUCGCCCAGUGGGUGGAAGACUUGGAGAUCCUGCAAACCACCGCCAUCCAAGUGCACAACAAGGAAUUGGUUAAACAUAACGGUCGACCCUUCACCCCGUCUGGAACUACCACGCCGGGUGGCAUCUUAAGCCAGCCGUCAAGUCCACUAAUGCCCCCUGGAAUGCAGACUCCCUUGGCUCAUUCUCGGGAAAGCAGCUAUUCUAACCUGAACCGUCUCAGUGAAUAUGUCACAGAUCCGAAAACAAACUACAGUCGAGACAUCAGCCCCAGUGGGACGGAAAAGCCGCGGUCCGGCCUGCAACGACAGCUUUCUCUUGGUGUUCGCUCAGGACCUGGUCAUCAAGAGCGCCGUGGCCGUCGUGGACGCCAGCGCGACAGCAUCCCCGAACACGAAGACACCGCAGGGGCCAUGACCGACGUCGAAGAAGACCACGAGGACAUUGGGGAUCAGCAGGAUGCGGACGACGAGUACACUCUCACCCCGGCUCAGGUCGAGGAAGGACGUCGCUUGCAGGCUGUCCAGCAGCAGGGAGUGGGUAUGCCGACGAGUCCGGGCGUCCGCCGUUAUAGUCAAGACUCCUUGCAUCCGCGACAGCUUCCUAGCAGCCCUGGCCCCGUCCCACCUCCUACACAGAGCCUCCUUCCGCCACCCAGGCUUGGGGAUGCCGGUAGCCGACUCAGUAGCGCGUCUGUCCUGUCCCUGGAUUCGGUCGUUGGUACCAAGACGGACUUCAAGCUCCAGAAGGUUGACCCCUUCUUUACGGAUUCUACUGGCGAGUACUACAAGGCAUUCGACAAGAGGCUGGUCGGCUUGAACGGCUCGAACUCCGAAUCCCAGCUUUGCAUUGAGGAAUAUCUCAUCAAGAGUGAGAAGGAAUGGUUCGACAAGUUCCGCGAUGCCCGACUGGGUCGUCUAAAAUCCCCCGCGUCGUCUGUCUUCCGGGACAAGCAUGGUGCCUCCCCUGUUGGCUCCUACUACGAUGAUACGGGCUCCCGGGUGAGUGGUGACUAUGACCGGGAGUCCCGCGACACGGAAGAUGACGAGUUCCUCCUGGGCAAGGACUACGUGCCUCCGACGGGUCUGCGCAAGUGGAUGCAGAUUCGUGUUGGAGACUGGCCAGUCUACUCGUUAUUCCUUGCCUUGGGUCAGAUCAUUGCAGCCAACUCUUAUCAGGUGACCUUGCUUACCGGUGAGGUUGGUGAGACGGCCGAGAAGCUCUAUGGUAUCGCAACCACCUACCUGAUCACCUCGAUCCUUUGGUGGCUUGUGUUCCGUUACUUCAAAUCGGUGGUGUGCCUCUCGGCUCCCUGGUUCUUCUAUGGCCUUGCCUUCCUUCUGAUCGGCUCCGCUCACUUUGAACCCAAUUCAUUCAACCGGGGUUGGAUCCAGAACAUCGGAAGUGGAUGUUACGCCGCUGCCUCGUCUAGCGGUUCCAUCUUCUUCGCCUUGAACUUUGGUGACGAAGGUGGUGCGCCGGUCGAAACCUGGAUCUUCCGGGCUUGUCUCAUUCAGGGUAUCCAGUCGGCUUAUAUCAUCGGACUGUGGUAUUGGGGUUCCACUCUGACCAAGGCAUCCAGCCAGGGUCUGUUGACCUCGACGAACAACAUCGCCAAUAGCUGGAAGAUGACUGCCAUCUGUUACCCGAUUGCAAUCUUCCUCUGGGCUGUUGGAUUGCUGCUUCUCUUUGGACUUCCUAACUACUAUCGCCAAACCCCGGGCAAAGUGGCCUCCUUUUACAAGUCCGUAUUCCGCCGCAAGAUCGUCCUCUGGAACUUCGUUGCCGUCAUCCUGCAAAACUUCUUCCUCAGCGCACCGUACGGCCGCAACUGGGGCUUCCUUUGGUCUUCCAAUCACGCCAAGGCCUGGCAAAUCGUUAUUCUCUGUAUCGUCUUCUACGGGUUCGUCUGGGCGGGCUUCCUGUUCGUCGUCAGCCGCUAUUUCAAGUCCCACAGCUGGUUCCUGCCCGUGUUUGCGUGCGGACUUGGAGCACCUCGCUUCAUUCAAAUCUGGUGGGGUGUCUCGGGCAUCGGUUACUUCCUUCCCUGGGUCUCCGGAGGCUAUCUCGGCGGAGCUUUGGCCUCGAGGAGUCUCUGGCUCUGGCUGGGCGUGUUGGAUUCCAUCCAGGGUCUCGGGUUCGGUAUCAUCCUCCUGCAGACCCUCACCCGCAUGCACAUGCUGUUCACCCUGAUCUGCUCGCAGGUGCUUGGUUCCAUUGCCACCAUCUGUGCGCGGGCGUUUGCCCCGAAUAACGUCGGGCCCGGCCCUGUGUCGCCGGACCCUACCUUUGGAGGAAGUGCAGUGGCCAAUGCGUGGUUCUGGGUGGCCCUGUUUUGUCAGCUGUUGAUUAGUGAGGACGGCUAUGCCUGCGAUAACCCAAAUUAUAAUAAUAACCUUCAAUAA